AUGGCCCGAGCGAGAGCCGCCGAACGAGGCGGACAAGCCAAACACAUCGGAGCCCGACCAGACAGUGGGGGGUGGGGUAGGAAACUGCGGUCCCCUAAAGAAGCCCCCGCCCGAGAAGAAGCCGCUCCCGCAGAAGAAUCCUACUCUGCGGAUCCCCUGAUGAUGUUUUACAACAAAAUUUCACCGGCAAAGUGGCGGGAGAAGAGCGAGUCGGCCGCCGUAGCAAGCGAAAGCAGAUCUGAGGCUAGUGGCAUCGAGGCAGAAGCCAGGAGCAGGGAGGCGGAAGCGAGGAGUAGGGAGGCGGAACUAUUGCGAGCUUUAGAGAGGCACCAAACCGACAAGGCGAGGCGGGCUUUAGAGAGGCACCGAGCCGACAAGGCGAGGCGGGCUUUAAAGGAGCACCAAACCGACAAGGCGAGGCGGGCUUUAGAGAGGCACCGGGCCGACAAGGCGAGGCGGGCUUUAGAGGGGCACCAAACCGACAAGGUACGCUUGGCACAGGAGGCCAGGUUACGGGAGGUGCCAGCGAAUAUCGAAGUCCCUUUCGAGGAACUGAAGGCGCUACAUAAGAUAGGCCCACUCGCGGCACACAAGAGGGUCAUGAUUCUUGCCUCGUUCAAGAGACAGCAACUCGAAUUCGACGUGGCGGAAAACCCCGACCCCGCAAACGGGAAACGGUGGCCGAGGCGCGCAGACACUGAGCUCCGCUGGUGGAUCAUCAACAACAACCUGCACCAGUUCUUAUAUCGUAACCCCCGCGAGGAACGGCGGCGAGUGGAGAUUAUGGACCGCCAGAGGCUGGUUGCCCGGAAGAAGCUCCACAUCUCCCCGGACACCCCCGAUCCCGUCGAUGAGGUGGAAGCCUGGGUCCGUAAGUUCCUCGUACAAAGAGAUGCGCAGGCGAUCGUCCGCAAGUCCAAGGAAUUCACGCGCAAGAACCACCGGCGACUCGUCCUGGCAGAGAGAGCCGGAUUCCAUGCCCUAAUCGCGCAGGGACUUCCAGAGGUCGGCGACGCGAGGCGGGGCCGCAUAAUAGCAGGCUUACGACGGAAGGAGGAGCGGUUGGCGAAAAUAAAUGCCAAGAAACAACGGAAGGCGCUCAAAAAAGCGAUCAAAAAAAGCGAAGCUGCUUCCAAAUAG